AUGCUGCUACCGCUGCAUCUGUUGCUGCUGCUGCAGCAGCUGCAGCAGGAAGAUGAGUUGCUGCGGUUGCAGCAGCAGCUACAGCUGCAGCAGCAGCUGCUGCUGCUUUUGCUGCUGCUGCUGCUGCUGCUGCUGUUGCUGCUGCUGCUGCUGCUGCUGCUGCUGCUGCAGGUGGAUUUGCUGCGGGAGUUGGAUGAGCUGGAGGCGCUUGAGGUGGAGCGGCAGCUGAUAGACCCCCCAAUUGCUGCUGCAGCAGCAGCAACACAGCAGCAGCUGCAGCAGCUGCAGCAGGAAGAUGAGUUGCUGCGGUUGCAGCAGCAGCUACAGCUGCAGCAGCAGCAGCAGCAGCAGCAGCAGCAGCAGCAACAUCCUCUCCUUGAGCCGCCUCAACGCUGCUCCCUAUGGCAAGGCAUAGAAACACAUGCACAGCAGCAGCAGCAGCAGCAGCAGCAGCAGCCUGUGCGUGCUGCUGCUGCUGCUGCUGCUCUCCGGCCUACGGGAAUGCUGCUCGAGCAGCUGCAGCAGCAGCAGCAGCAGCGACAGCAGCAGCAGCAGCAGCAGCACUUCUCGGGCCUGGGGAUGCAGCGGCAAAGUAAUCUGCUGCAGCAAAGGAUAUCAGAAGAGCAGCAGCAGCAGCAGCAGCACCAGCAGCUGCAGCAGCUGCAGCAACUGCAGCAGCAGCAACAGCAGCACAGCAGCAGCAACCUGCUGCUUCAGGAAGAUGCGGGUUGGGGUAAGCAGCAGCAAGCAGCGCAGCAGUUCAUUCUCCCUCUCUCACCAGCAGCAGCAGCAGCAGCAGCUGCAGCAGCAACAGCUGCAGCAGCAGCUGCUGCUGCAGCUGAACCAGGAGCUUAUACGUGCAGCCAGCUGCAGCAGCAACAGCUGCAGCAGCAGCUGCUGCUGCAGCUGAACCAGGAGCUUAUUCUUUAUUCGUAA